AUAAUAGUCUUGUUAUUUGCAAUCGCAGCACCAUCAUUUGGACUCGAUCUCCUGAUGGCAUACAUCAAAAAGAUUUUAGUUCCCGCUGGCAUUAAUUGAACAAUUUUGCAGUAAGCGUGUGUGUCCGGCUAUCUGGCCUGGCUGUGCUUCUGGCCGAGACAAUUGGUCGGGCUCACGCACAUGGCUAAUGAAUGGACACCACCGGCCAUUCCGGAAAGCAAACGGGUGAGGAAUUUGUUGUCGGGGCAACCGGCCGUUCAAUUUGACCCAUACAAAUUGAGAUGGCUAAUACACACUCGCUGGACACUCGGACCGUGUUGGGGUUGCGCUUGACUCUACACAAAAUCGAUAGGUUGGAGCACUGCAAGCAUAGCGAACUGCUCAUGUCGUCCGCUGGAAAUAAAAAUUAGGAAAUCGAGCGAGGCCAUUAAUUUUAUAAAUGCAGCAAGGUGGCGGCCUGUUUCUACACUUGCAUGGGCCUGAUGCGGACAGUGGGAGGGGUCAGAGGCGGGAGCGAUGGCCACUUGCCGGAGGAGGCGAUAUCCACGCUGAACCACUGCCCUACGUACAGACAAAUUCCGGGUGUCGGAACGGGAGCAGGAUCCGCGCCAGCAAAGCGAGUGCCCGUUCUGUUCUCCACCAAUCGAGGACUCUAUCUGCGCCUGGCCCAGCCAUUGGGCGAUCAGAUGGAGGUGCUGACACUUCAGCCACGCGGACAGAACUACAGCAUCAGCUUCUGCGAUUUGGAACGCUGGAGUACCAAUCGGGCCAAUGUGGUCAGUCUGGAGGACACCUUCACCAUUAUUCAGCAGCGCAACAUGUCGCCGGAAACACACAACUAUCAAACACGCCUGUGGAAAAACAAUGUCAGCUACAGCCUGAUGCAUUGAACUGAAAGCACCUCAAGUCACGAAUCCUUAAAAUAGUAGAUCGAUGAGCAUACAACAUGAAUGUAGAACUAAUUAAAACUCUUUAUACUUUAAAUAA